AUGUCAAUCAUCAAAAACAAUAUUAAUUUUAUAUUCCGAUGUCACAGAUUAUUAUCAACACAAAAUAAGAACAACAAAAAAAAUAUUAUUUUAUCAUCAACACAAUUAAACACAUCAAUUAAAGAUCUCAUUGCUGCUAAAAAAUAUGAACAAGCUUUAGAUCUUUUCGAUCAAAAGUUUGAAAUAUGUAACGAUUAUACUAUUAGUAUGGCAAUAAAUGCUUGUAGUUUAAUCAAUGAUUAUAAUCGUGGUAUUCGUAUUCAACAACAACUUCAAUCAAAUUCAUUGAAGAAUUCUUAUAUUCAAACAUCAUUAAUUCGAUUUUAUUGUAAGUCAUUCAUUUUUUUUUGUCAAUUAGAAUAGGAUUAUAGAAAAAUAUAAAUUUGUGAAUACUUCGACUAAUUAGAAUAUGUUUAUCUUUCAGAAAAAAUUCUUUUUUUUUUUAUUUUUGACUUUUUCUGCAUAAACUAAGAUUUGCAUAAUUAUAAAUUUACUUUAUACGAGAAAUCAUCCAUCAACGACACUUCAUGUAAAGGGCGGAACGUACGACAAAACUAGAGAAAGUUGAAUAGAGGACAUGGAUGGGGAAGAGUGUAGGUUAAAGAGUUCUGGACAUUAAAAUACUUAUUAUGAAUGUUUUUCCUCUUUGUUUGACACAACUUUCAAACGAAAUUUUCAAAUUUGGUUUUUUGUUUUUUUGAAGAACAUUUCUAAAUAGAAAAGCUGUUAGUACAAUUCCAAUGGGAUUGAAAUGUGAAAUACAAUGUAGAUCUUGUUACUAAUCAUAUGAAAACUAUUUGAUUGGAUCUAUUUUUCGACACGUUUCUUAAUCAUUGCUUAUGUAAUUCUUUAGAACUGUAAUAAAAUAUAGCUCAUAUAUAUAUCCUCAUGACAUGUUAGUGAUAUA